UUCAACAAGUCAGAAGAGGGGGUAUAUGGCUAUUACAGCUCAUUACGUUGAUGGUUGUUGGAACUUACAAAGUCAAAUUUUGAGGUUCAUCUAUGUUCCUGCUCCUCAUACAAGUGAUAGACUUUGCAAUGUAUUGACUGACUGUUUGAUGGAUUGGAAUAUUGACACAAAAAUGUCCACUAUCACCCUAGAUAAUUGUACCACAAAUGAUGCUAUGAUUGAUAAAAUUAAGGAUAAAUUGCACUUAGGUAGUUUGCUUAGGGAUGGAUCUUUACUUCACAUGCGUUGUUGUGCUCACAUCCUUAAUUUGAUAGUAAAAGAUGGGUUGGAAGUGGUGAAAGAAGGUGUAGAAAAUAUUCGGGAUAGUGUGGCAUAUUGGACAACAACACCCAAGAGGAAGGAAAAAUUAGAGGAAACGACUAAACAAUUGAGAAUCCCUUACACUAAGAAUUUGGCAUUAGACUGUCCAACUAGAUGGAACUCAACUUAUAAAAUGCUUGAAAUUGUCAUAGGAUAUGAGGAUGUAUUUUGUCGAUUAAAGCAACAAGAGUCUCAAUAUACUUGUUUUCCAAGUACUUUACAGUGACAAUUUGCAAAGGAUAUUUGUGGGAGAUUGAAGUUGUUCAAUACUAUCACUGAAUUAUUUUCUUCUACUAAACAUCCAACUGCUAAUUUGUAUUUUCCAAAUAUAUGUGAGAUUAAGUUGGCAAUCAAACAAUGGAUUACCUCUCCUAACCCAAUGAUUCAACAAAUGGCAAAAAAUAUGAUGAUCAAAUUUGAUAAAUAUUGGGGUGUGAUUCAUAAUGUGAUGGGAGUUGCCACUAUUUUAGAUCCUAGGUACAAGAUGGAGUUGCUUGAGUAUUAUUAUGAAAAAUUGUAUGAGCAUGACUCUUUUACUCAAGUGAGGGGCAUUCAACAAUUGUGUUAUGACUUAGUUUCUGAUUACCAAAUGAAAAUGAACAAAGGCUCUUUUGGUAGUAAUGUUGGUGAUAUUACUGGUAGUGAA